AUGGGUCUUAUGAGCGAGCUCAACCUGAAGCCGGGUGUCAUCUACGGCGAGGACGUCCGGAAGGUCUUCCAGUACGCCAAGGACAAGGGCUUCGCCAUCCCGGCCAUCAACGUCACCUCCUCCUCCACUGUUGUCGCUGCCCUCGAAGCCGCCAGGGAUUCCAAGUCUCCCAUCAUCCUCCAGACCUCCCAGGGAGGUGCUGCCUACUUCGCCGGAAAGGGCAUUGCCAACAGCGCCGAAAAGCAGGAGGCUUCCGUGGCCGGUGCCAUUGCUGCCGCCCACUACGUCCGUUCCGUUGCCCCCGUCUACGGCAUCCCCGUCAUCCUGCACACCGACCACUGCGCCAAGAAGCUCCUGCCAUGGCUCGACGGCAUGCUCGACGAGGACGAGCGCUUCUUCAAGGAGCACGGCACCCCGCUGUUCUCCUCUCACAUGAUCGACCUGUCGGAGGAGGAAGUCAAGUACAACAUUGACACCACUGCCAAGUACCUCAAGCGCGCUGCCCCCAUGAAGCAGUGGCUCGAGAUGGAGAUCGGUAUCACUGGUGGUGAGGAGGAUGGUGUCAACAACGAGGACGUUGACAACAACUCGCUCUACACCCAGCCCGAGGACAUCUGGUCCGUCGUUGAGGCUCUGCAGGCCAUCUCCCCCUACUUCAGCAUUGCUGCCGGUUUCGGCAACGUCCACGGUGUCUACAAGCCCGGCAACGUCAAGCUUCACCCUGAGCUGCUUGGCAAGCACCAGGAGUAUGCCGUCAAGAAGCUGGGCUCCAAGGACAACAAGCCUGUCUUCUUCGUUUUCCACGGUGGCUCCGGCUCCUCCGUCCAGGAGUUCCGCACCGCCAUCUCCUUUGGUGUCGUCAAGGUCAACCUCGACACCGAUCUCCAGUGGGCUUACCUCUGCGGUAUCCGGGACUACGUCACCAAGAACAUCGACUACCUCAAGACCCAGGUUGGCAACCCCGAGGGUGCCGACAAGCCCAACAAGAAGAAGUACGACCCCAGAGUCUGGGUUCGCGAGGGUGAGAAGACCAUGAAGGCUCGCGUUGUGCAGGCCCUCGAUGACUUCAACGCUGCCAACGUCCUGUAA